GGCUCCCCUCUUCCCAUCCAGCAGCUCCAGAGCAGGGAGAGUGGCCUGCCAGCUGCAUCAUCACUGCAGGUCUCUGGUCCACUCGCCCAACCUUGCCAGCACACGCAGCCGCAUCUGCCCAUCUGAGGGUGUCUCAGAGAUGGAUUCCUACCUGAUCCAGGUGAACGGCAAGAAGUCCCUGCCCUCCAUCCUUGAUGUCCAUGUCAGCCUCAAUGGGAAGGCCCCUUCGGUGGGCCGGGGAAAAGGCCGCAAGCCCCACUGGGCGGUGAGGGCCUCUGACAUGUCUAAGAGGACCUUCAACCCCAUUCGAGCUAUUGUGGACAGCAUGAAGGUGGAGCCCAACCCUCAGAAGCCCCUGAUUUCUCUGUCCAUAGGGGACCCCACAGUCUUUGGGAACCUCCCCACAGAUGAUGAGGUCACAGAAGCGAUGAAGGAGGCCCUCGAUUCUGGGCGAUAUAACGGCUAUGCCCCCUCAGUGGGUUACUUGUCUUGCCGGGAGGUGGUGGCUGGCUACUACAACUGCCCAGAAGCCCCCUUGGAAGCCCAGGAUGUGAUCCUGACCAGCGGCUGCAGUCAGGCCAUUGAGCUGGCCUUGGCGGUGCUUGCCAAUCCUGGGCAGAACAUCCUGGUGCCGCGUCCUGGCUUCUCCCUCUACAAAACCUUGGCUCAGUCCCUGGGCAUCGAUGUCAAGUUCUACAACCUCUUGCCAGAGAAGUCAUGGGAAAUCGACCUGAAGCAAAUGGAGUCACUGGUGGACGACAAGACGGCUUGCCUGAUUGUGAACAACCCGUCCAACCCCUGUGGCUCCGUCUUCAGCAAAAGCCACCUGCAGAAGAUCUUGGCAGUGGCCUCCAGGCAGUGCAUCCCCAUCUUGGCCGAUGAGAUCUACGCGGAGAUGGUGUUUGAAGACUGCAAAUAUGAGUCCCUUGCAAAGCUGAGCACCAAUGUGCCCAUCCUGUCCUGUGGAGGCCUAGCCAAACGGUGGCUGGUCCCCGGCUGGAGGAUGGGCUGGAUUCUCAUACACGAUCGCCGGGACAUCUUUGGGAAAGAGAUCAGAGACAGUCUCCUGCGGCUCAGCCAGAGGAUCCUGGGGCCCUGCACAGUGGUCCAGGGAGCCCUCGGCCGCAUCCUCCGUGGGACAUCUCCUGAGUUCUACCACAACACCCUCAGCUUCCUCAAGUCCAACGCUGACCUCUGCUUUGCUGCCCUCUCCGCUGUCUGUGGGCUGCAGCCAGUCCGUCCUUCAGGAGCCAUGUACCUCAUGGUGGGCAUUCAGAUGGAGCACUUCCCAGAGUUCGAGAAUGAUGUGGAGUUCACAGAGAGGCUCAUCGCGGAGCAGUCAGUCUUCUGUCUGCCGGCUACGUGCUUCGAGUACCCCAACUUCUUCCGUGUGGUGAUCACGGUGCCUGAGGAGAUGAUGGUGGAGGCCUGUCGACGCAUCCAGCAGUUCUGUGAGAGGCACUAUGAAGGUGGCGAAGGAUCCCAGGACCUGGAAUGUGACAAGUAGCGAGGGCCCCACACCCACGCCCGCCCGCCUACCUGCCUCCACUCCGUCUGCAGUGCAUCAUGCUCACAGGGCCUGGCUGGCCCCUGCCCACUGCCUCUGCUCCCCUCCUGUGUGCCGCAGCCUCCAAAGACUCCCCCCACCCCCUGCCAUGAUGCUUGUCUGGAAUUGGUCCCUCUUCAGCCCACAGUGUGGAGGAUGCACACAGAGACACUCCUUCCCUGCUGGAACCCCCCUCCCAAUGCCCAGGGCAGGGGCAGGCGAAAGAACCUCAGCGGGUGGCACUGGGCAUUGGGGGCUCCUGCCAGCCUCUGCAGUGGCGUGAUGAGCUGUCGCUGGAGCCUCUGGGAUGCCCAUGGGAAAGGCCCUGCCCCACCUCCCUAACUGGAGCCGAAGGCCUGGAGGCCCACCUGUCCUUCUGCAGAGGCAGCGCUGAGCCCUGGGCUUGUUGCACAGGCCACAAGGAACACCGGGGUCCCCCCUCCCUGGCCCCCUUCCUCUGCUGCCUCUUUGAAGUUAAUAAGUUAUUAUACCUUUUGUAUGAAUAAAUGCAUGGAAAAUA